GAUGAUGUGUUCGUUCCCAUUUCCGAAGGUAGAUACCUUGACCUCGUCAAGCCAUGGAACGAUGCUAUAAUUUGCAAGGUCGUUGGGCGGUCCUUUUCUCAGGAUUUCCUAAAGAAGGAACUUCAAAAGGUAUGAAAAUGGAAGGAUAGUGUGAACCUUGUCUCUAUGGGGAGGGGUUUCUAUAGUCUUCAUUGUGGAGCCCCUGGAGAAAAAUCUCGGAUCCUGUCCGAUGGCCCCUGGUUUGUUAUGGGGUCCCUUGUAUGGGUGCAGGCUUGGCAGGCGGGAUUUAAACCAUCCCAAGCAACAAUUUCUCAAUAUCCAAUAUGGAUUAAUCUCCCUGAGCUCCCCCUUGAAUUUUACCAUAAAGAGAUCCUUCAUGCUGUUGGGAAUGCUAUUGGUAAUGUAAUAAAAAUUGAUGCCCACUCUUUGACGGGAGAUCGGAAGCGAUUUGCAGCCAUUUGCGUGCUCAUGAAAGCCGACCAACCUACUCCGAGCAAAGUCUGGCUGGGUGCUUCGUGCCAGGAGCUCGUGUUCUCUGAAUCGCCGUGGGUUUGUAUGGUCUGUCAAAAAGUGGGUCAUGCUACCAAGUCCUGUUUGAAGAGAUCGCCGGAAACCAUGACUGGUCUGGGGAGUGUGGAAAUCACGAGUGAAAAGAAAACCCAGGAGGAGUAUGCAUGGAAGUACGUGGGAGGUAAGAAAAAAGUCAUCAGGCCUGCUGGGGUUGACUCCCAAACGGAUAAGGGUACUAGGGGCCACAUUAAAACCAGGUGGACCCCUAAAAAACCGGAUGACAAAACGUUGGAGGAGAGAGAAAUAAGGGGCUCAGAUUUGACCUCACCUCACAAGCAUGGUCCCAAGGAAAUCUUGGGUUUCCAAAAUCCUUCUGGGAGGAACCAAAAUGCUUUUGCGGCAUUACAGGUUUUGCAGGGAGAAGUGCAGUCCUCACCCUCUUAUGUGGGGAAACGUGGAGGAGAGAAAGAAGAAAUUGAGUGUUUACCUCAGCUUUCUGUGACCCCUAUCCCGUCGGAGGUAUGCCCCCCUUUUUCAAACACUGAUACCCGUUCCCCCCCCUUACUAUUUAAUCCACCCUCUGUAUCUUCACCUCACAAAGAAAACCAAAGCUCCCAAAAAAUCUCAAACUCUCUGAAAGUAUUACCCAAAGAAAAACCUCUUAAACAGAAGGAUGUGGAGACCAUGCGACCCCAGUGUACUGGACCUAUCCGAAUCUCUCUCCCCUCCUCCACCUUUGUCUCCUCCCAACUCUCCUCCCGAGCCAAGGAUGAUGUCCGUAACCCCACUCAGCCCGGUUUUGUUUGGCCGGCCAGUUCGUCCGCUCAAGGUCGAGAUCAAUCCGGAGGAGGUGGAGUACUACGUACCGGACUCCUUAGAAGACCCGAACGAAUUCUAUACGGAACUUACGUUCAUGGAAGUGAAAGCACUUAUUCUCAACCCCGCGUUAAACCCCGAACAAGCAGAUCACUUGAUGAUGUACUCCAACUCGGCUUUCCGUCCAGCUCAUGUCCCUCAAGUCCUAGAUGCCGAUCAUCUUCCCCAACAUAUGAGAAUUUUCUUGAAAUGGUUCCUCGAGAAAGAGGUAGGAGUAGAGAGCGAAGAAAGAGCCAUGCUAGCAAGUUUGGGCCCAUGGGUAGACCCAACCCCCCUCCUACCAAUGGUUCGAACACUCCUUCGGGUCAAACAGAGGGAUGUGCGGAUGAUAGCAAAGAGCAACUCCAAUGCUUUGCUCCUUGCACGCUUGCAUCUCCCAAUGAAACAGCUGGGGAUCACAGUCACUUGGGCCGAGGGAAAAGAGAGAAAAAGCCCGCGAGAAGCAGAAGUGACUCUCUGGCCUAACAGGAGGGCAUGGACAUGCCCACAAACCGGAGCCGAGGUAGACCCAUGGGUAGUAGGAAACGAGGAGGUGCUAAAGAUGCUCCUAGAGAAAAGACUGCUAUCUAAGGGAAUGACGGUGCUUUUUUGGAAUGUUCGAGGGUUGGCUCGCCCUUCUUUCAAGCCUAACUUCAGGCUUCUCAUGAACCAGCAUUACCCUUCUCUUGUUGUGCUUGCGGAAACGUGGGUGGGCCGCGAGAAAACUGACGCGAUUAUUGCGGAUUUGGGUUUCGAUUCGUGGCAUUUGUUGGAACCUGAUGGGUUUGUGGGGGGCAUCCUCCUGAUGUGGAAAUCGCAUGUUUUGGACUUCCACGUUAUUGGAGAAGGUGCUCAGGGAGUCUAUGGUGUAGUUGAGGCAGUGGCUCACCCAGAGACCGGAUCUUCAGAUUAAACACUGCAGCAGGAAGUUCAACCAAGUGGCGGACAAGAUGGCUAAGGCGUGUAGAAACAUGAUUGGAGAUAGUGCUGUAACUAGGCUUUUUCCCUCUCC